GCCGCGUUGGUGCGGCAAGGUUUCAUCGGCUGCUCUCCCCUUCACCCAUCUGUUGCAAUAUCUAUCCGAUCACUUGCCGUCUACCGCCAGUCUCACCGUGUAUGCCCCCGACUAAGUAUCCAAGCCGAAGUUCGGAAACUGUGUCACCUUCAUAAUGUUCCAUACCACCGGUAUCUUGCCGACCAGUAUAGCAUUGCAUAUGACGUAUAUCUCGAGGUGCUGCACCGGGUACAUAAUAGACUAGAGCACGCAUUAGGGCACGAUGAGCCAGACUGGCGGCUCAAGAAUGCCUGUCCGGCGUGUUUCUACAAGCUCGAGGAUGAAACACCAUUAAAGUUUUCCUUCCUAUGUCAAAUGGAUGGUAAUAAUUCACUCAAGAGGACUGAUGCCAAUGUAAUACGUAAAUAUCCCGAACGCUUAGACUCGCGCGGUCCAAGGACGGACUACUGGUUAUCGCCUGAGGAGGUCGAUAAAUUCAAAGAUGAAGUUAAGGCUAAAUCAGGUGCAGAAGACGAUGAAGAUUAUGACGACGAUUGGGAAGAUCUUCCUGAAACAGACCCCGUGUCAACCUGUAUAGACCGCUGGCGAAAUGCGGGACCCGAACAGCGCAAGAAAAUGUUUGCACUUUUUGACGAGUCUGGCAUAUUUUUGGCUGCAUGCCGACAUGGAACUGUCCUCCUGAUAUGCGACAUGAUUCGGAGCGGCGAGCUUGCUAAAUACCCCCUUGCGACAGUCAAUAAGAUCCUGGAUGUCCACGGAUCAGACAUUGCAUGCGGCUUCGAUAUUGGUUGCGCGUUCGAGAAGACUCUUGCGAAGAGCAGUCUAUCCCCCAAAGUGAAGGAUCUGCGCCUCCGUAUGGUUGUCGGGUCGUUUCAUGGUCAUGCCCACAAUCGUGGAUGCCAGCUAGGCUGGCAUCCCUUGUAUGUACCAGGUAUAGGACGUGCUGAUCUUGAGGGGUGUGAGAGGGUUUUCUCUUCAUCAAAUGCUCUAGCCCCGGGAACAAGGCAUGCAUCCAAGUUUCACAGGCAUCAGGCAGUCGAGGAACAUUUCGCCUUUUGGGAUGCUGACAAGUAUGCUAAUCUAUCGACCUUGCUUGCAAAUCAUUAUCGCGAGGCUUUGAAGAUAGUCGGAGAACGCAUGGAAGAACUGAGCGCUUUGAAGGCAGGACUCGGAAUUGACGAUGACAGUGAAUUUGAAGGCUUCUUGCGACAGGAGCGUCUUUACCUCAGCAACCUAAAGAAAGAGCCGCCGGAAGAAGCCCUGCGCUUUGAAUACCUGGAGGCGCUAGAUAACGCGGCGAAGCUUAGGUGCGCUAAUCUGCUAUGUUUGUAUACAGGAUUUUGUUUAUUUGCAAGUAGUAUGUCACUCAACGAGGCACGCGGCCAACUUAAUCGGCUGCAGAGCAUCCCCGCAGGUGAUGAUAUGCGUGCCAAAUUGCUAGACACAAUCAAGACGCUGGAGAGGCAGCUCGGUAUCGAACAGCGAUGGGAGGAAUCCUCGUCGCAAUAUAUCACUGCGAAAGCAAAGGUCGCAGAACGAAACUACCGCAAAGCACUCGACGCGCUCGAGCGCCUUGUUGUGCAACGACUAUUUGAGCUUACGAAACUGAAUAUGUCCGGUACCGGUGCGUCGACUGCUUUACAGCGCCGUUCCGACACGAUCAAACGCGCUCUCCAGCACUACAAUAUGCAAGCUGCGCAGUUGAAUCCGCCGCGACCGACCCUCACAUGGAAGCAGAUCGUUGAUUAUACAUUCAUUGCCGAAUUCGACCUACUACACUUAUCUCGCGAAGAUAUACGGGACUACCGCUGGGCUCAGCCAGCUGUACGAGAAGCUACGGUCAAAUACCUUGAGCUCCAACGUGCUCAAGAGGAGAUCGCGAGACUCAAUGUCGAAAUACGGCGCCUGCGUACGGCAAUACACGACGAGCAGUCUCACGUCGCUGAGACCUUGGGACGCCUCACUCGCGAUGACCUCCCCCUCGCUACAGAACUUAUGAAACGGUGGCACUUACGGCUCGCUGUCAACAAGAUUCAUUCGCAACGCCUUGACCGUGUAGAGGCUUGGUCUGGCUUUUCCGGA